AUGGAUGCGGUGUCUGUUUAUGACAUGGAUUGGUCAUGCCCAACAGCAAUAGUAGUCGGAAAUGAAAAUAGGGGAAUAAGUGAUGAGGCCCUGGAUUUGUCAGAUUUGCAUUGCAGUAUUCCGAUGAAAGGCAUGGUGGACUCUUUCAAUGUUUCAGUUGCUGCAGGCAUUCUCAUGCACCAUGCUGUUUGUGAUAGAACUUCUCGCCUGGGUUGCCAUGGUGAUCUGACAUUUGAAGAGAGCCAAAUUCUGCUUGCUGAAUUCUCUCUGCGGCAUAGCAAGAGUUCAAUGAGCAUUGCGCACGAGUAUGCAAAGCGGAGGGCAGCUGUCCUCACACCAAGGAUUUGA